AAACUGAAUUAUCAGAAAAGUUGGCGAACUGCCAGAUGGCGUCACAUGUCUAAUUGUGAUAUCAGAAACACUUUCAGCUGGUAACAGGGUGUCAAUGUUCUAAAGUAAAAUUAAUAAUUUAAAUAUAAAACAUGGAAGCACCAAUUGACAAUGAUGAAAAAAUUUCCGGCAGCUUUAUAGAUGUUAUAGAAGAUGACUGCUCUUCGAUACAGAGCGUGAAUGUUCCAUUUAGUGGUACAGCUGAUGAAGUACUGCAGUACUAUCUCGAGAAUCGCUUGCACACUGACGUUACAUUCCAGGUUCGAUGCGGUGAUGGAUAUGUUUGCUUUCCCUGCCACAAACUUGUACUGUCCAUCUGGAGUCCAGUGUUCGCAGGCAUAUUUUUCAAAAAGGAAUCCAUCACUGAAAAUGUUGAGAUUACCAAAAUGCCACCUUCGGCUUUCGAAGUCAUGAUCAAGUACUGUUAUGGCAUCGAGACAGAACUGCAGAAAUAUCGCGAUGACAUCAACUUCCUCUUGAAGUUGUACAAAGGAGCAAAAGAGUACAGAAUUAAAGGCCUUCAGGUGUUGUGCUGCGAAUUCUUCAGCUGUGCCUUGCCCACCAAAGACAACGUCUUCGAAUUGCUAGACGCAGCUUCAUUCAUAGGCUCGGAAUGCUUGAAACAUCGUUGCUACAAAGUCGUCCAGACUCACACCCAAGAAAUCAUACAGUCACGUGACCUGCGCAGUAUCAACCGAUCCAUGAUCAACACCAUUCUCGAAAUGUCGGCUCUCUCUUUGAAAUCUGAAAAUGAGUUGAUCACUUGGAUGUUUGAGUGGGGUACUCAGGAAUCAACCAAACAUGAAGAUAUUACCCUUAGGGAGAUCAUGAAUCCCUUCUUACCUCGCCUGAACUUCCUAUCCCUCAAACCCAAAGAGUUCGGAUUGCUGGUAACUAAGCACAAAGACUUCUUUGAUGAAAAAGAAGGUUUUGCCAUUUUCAUGAAUAUCGUUUGCCUUAAAUCCUGGCCUCUUCCUCUGUGGUUUGGCAAAGAAUUUAAUCGUUCUUUCGUUGAUUCGGAAAAUUAAUACUGUUAACAGAAUUUUUUGUUCGUUAUGACUAGUGUUUUAAUUCUUAUUACUUACUCUCCGUUACAUUUUUCUAGUUGAAAUUCCUUUUUAAUAUAUCUUGUAAAAAGUGAGAGUUACUACUUUUUGGAAGGAGAUGUUAAAUAACUUUUUUAUUUUCUCUCAAGAAAAAAUGCCAUUCAAAUUGUAAACAUAAAAUUAAGAUUUGAAAUAAAGUUUUAUGUUAGAUGCUGAAUUACUUUCUGGCUUGAAUUGAAUUUAUUUCUAAAUUGUUCCUUUGCCAAAAUAAAAAAAUAAAAUCCUGAAAUAAAAAAUAA